AGAAAAAAGAAUCAUGGAGCGACGCCGGCGGGCGGAGUGCGACGACGCCGCGCCUCCGUCCCCUCCGUCCAACCCUUCCCCCUUCCUCCGUGACGUCUCCAACUACAAAACCCCUCGUCCUCACUUCCCAAACCCGAACCCUGACCCCCGUUCUCCUCUUACGAUCUUCUUCACCGCCUCCAAGAAAACCCCAUCCUCCUCCUUGUCCACCGCCCCCUCCGCCCGGUCCGCCUUCCGCCGUCGCGCCUCCGCCGCCAUUCCUCCCUCUCACUCUAAGGCCGCCCGCCGCCUUAAAGCUCUGGAACUUGAGCAGUCAAAGUCCUCCCAGAAGGCCCGGAUCCGCCACCAGAAAGCCCUUAUAUCCUUCUCGAAAUCUAUCUCUGCCUGGUUGAACUUUCUCUUCAAGAACCCUAAAUCUUGCGGAUGCAAUCAUGGUGCCUGGUCUGAUGAUCGGCAGGACAGUCUGGCGCCCAAUGGAAAGCGUGAGAGCUUGGACGGUGGCGGUGGGAUUGGAGUGGGUGGCAGGUGGAGGAGCCCGAAGCGGCCGCGGGAUUGCUCGUGGAAGGGUUCAUUUGCUGAUGAUGGCACAGAGAAGGCAUUCUCUAUGAGGCUCUCAUCGCUGAAGGCAUCCUUGCAGGAUGUCUGCAGCUUCGAGGAUAUGAAAGAGAGGAUGGAAGCGUAUAUAAGCCAGAAAGGUCGCAUUGAGGUUCUCACGAUGAUGAGCCAAGUUUGCAAGAAUAUAGAUGAAGGGAGAUUGAAGAUGAAGGCGCAUUGUCCAGUUGUAACUGAUUUAGGUGUGAAGGAGAAAGCAAUUAGAGUACUCAUGUGUUAUAAUCCAAUAUGGCUGCGCAUUGGUUUGCACAUUGUUUUUGGUGGUGAUUCCUUGUUGCUGAAUGAAGAAGGGAAAUCAGAUCAGGAGGAUCUUUUCUUAAAGAUGAUCAUAGAGAAGCAGUUCUUUGCUCAUAUGGGCAUCGCAAAAUCAUAUGCUUAUAAUAAGCUGGUGGAGGGCCUUUAUAGGCCAGGUUACUUUGAAGCUCUGGGAAAUAUCAUUUUGAAGAGGCUUUUAUUGCUUGUAAUUUCCCUUGACAAAGCUAAAUGCGAAAGCUUGCUUCCUUUAAAAUAUGGAAUUGAUGGUAUAGAUGGUGGUUCUCCUUUAUUAUUUUGCCAUCAUUCUCAUAUAAAAUCGAGCCGUCAAGUUAUCCAUGAGUUCUUGUCAGAGGUAAUGCAUGGAGAAGGUAGUCUUCUUGCACAUCUUGUUAUUCUGGGAUAUAAAGUAAACUAUCAGCAGUUCCCACUUUCUGAAUAUGACUUCAAUGUGAGAAUUCUAUUCGAAGAUCUGCAAGAUGGAAUACUGCUUUGCAGAUCCAUUCAGCUCUUGCAAUGCGAUGCAUCAAUACUAUCAAAAGUGAUGGCUCCCUCAGACACUCGUAAAAAGAAUUUGCACAAUUGCGCUAUUGCCAUGCAGUAUCUUAAGCAGGUUGGGGUUCCAUUAUCUGAUGGAGAUGGAGUUCAGAUAGUAGCAGAAGAUAUUGUCAAUGGGGACAAAGAGCUAACUCUUUCCAUUCUUUGGAAUAUGUUUGUUCACUUGCAGGUUCCCUUAUUAAUUGAGAGAACUUUAUUGGUUGAAGAAAUAAUUAAGAUAAAGGCAUCUGAUAUGGACUGCUCAAAGUACAAUACUAAAGCAAACAUGAGCUUGCUUCUUGAGUGGAUUCAGGCAAUUUGCGAGAAAUAUUGUGUCAAAGUCGAUAACUUCUCUUCUCUGAUUAAUGGAGAAGCUUUGUGCUGUCUGAUUGACUACUAUUCAGGCAUUGAAGUUCAAAGAUGUUCUUCUAAGGACAAUCAGAAUGAAUGUCAUGAAGCAUUAAUUAGGCGUGGUGAUACAGAUUCUAGUGUUGCUGUUCGCAAUUUUGUUUUAGUUCAAAAGAUAACUGCAAUGCUGGGAAACAUUCCUGAGGUACUGCAGUUAGGUGACUUACUAGAUAAUGAUUCAUCUUAUGAUGAGCGGAGUGUGAUAAUUCUUCUUGUAUUUUUUGCUUCUCAACUGAUUCACCGGAAAAAAUUGGAUCAACUAAGAUCAUACAGAUUUACAAGUUCAGAUUAUGGAACUCCAAAGAUUAAGCCUUCAGCAGUUUCUUGGCUGUCAAUUUCCGUGGAUGCUUUGCAUAGUACAUUCAAGUCUCAGGGAGAAAAUUCGCUGAAAUUUGACUCUCCACUGAAAGAAGCAGCAUUGGAUAAUUAUGAUGCUGAAGAAUGGGCUGCAAGAGUUAUUCAAUCUUACUUCAGGGGACAUAUUGAACGAAACAAAAUCUUGAAGAUUAAAACGGCAACAUCCUUUUUGCAAAAUGCUAUUCGGGCCUGGUUAUCUGUGACUUCAAAAAGUAGAUCAGACACAACCAAUCUUGCUUGCUCUAUCCAGCAGCCAUCAUCUGGAACCUAUGACCAAUAUAUCACGUUCAUAAUUGAAAGGCACAGGUUUCUGCAAAUAAAAAAAUCUGCCCUGCUUAUUCAACAAGCAGUAAGGGCUUGGAUUGCAGGAAGGCAUCAGAGAAAGUAUAGUGCAUUUUCAAAAAUCAUAAUUUUUUCAGACCAUGUAACAGCAGCCAUUGCUUUGCAGUCACAUAUUCGUGGUCAAAUUAUGAGGUCUAAAUAUGUUCAUUUACUUGCUCAGUUACAAAAAAAGCAAGCUGUUUGCAGAUGGGAACCUCUUGAGCCUCCAAGCUUGGCUGCUAUCAAGAUACAGAGGGGUUGGAAAAGAUUUACUACACGUAAUUUCUUUCUGGAACAAAAGUCUGCUGCAACUAAAAUCCAGAGUAAUUGGCGUUGUCGUUACAGAAGGAUGAGCUUUGUGACCCUAGUUGGAGCAAUCAUAAAGAUCCAGGCAGGCAUUCGAAGCCUGUUAGGUCAUAAGGCGUUUAUACGAUAUAGACUUGCUGCUGUUGUAAUCCAACGAUUUUCAAGGGGGUACCUUGCUCGAAACAGGCUGUUAGGUGCUUCUUACCUUCGAUCUGGCAGGAUGCGUUGUGGAUUUUACGGCAAAAGCAAUGCCAUUCCAGGGAAGAAUCUUGAGCUGGAGAUAGUAAUACAGUCAAUUUUAAAAUUGCAAAGAUGGUGGAAGCACGUUUUAUUUCACAAAUCCCAAACAAAGUCUGCUAUCUUCAUUCAAUCUUUUAUCCGUGGGCAGGGUGCUAGAAGGGCUGCUCAUAAACUGCAGCACAGCAUUUGCAUGAUUCAGAGGUGGUGGAGAAAUAUUCUAUUUAUUAGAUCAAGGAAAAGUUCAGUGGUUAUUAUUCAAGCUUAUGUUCGUGGUUGGAUUGCCCGACGAGCAACAAGUCAACAUAAGCAUCGCAUUAUUGUAAUCCAAUCCUAUUGGAAAGGUUACCUAGCACGGAAAAAUUCAAGGCAACAAAUAGCAGAGCUGCGAUGCAGGCUAAAAAAAUCUGCUGCAAAUGUGGAUAAUGAUAUGCGACUAAUUAACAGACUAGUUGCUGCACUUUCAGAACUUCUUGAUUGUAGAAGUGUUAGUAACAUUCGACAUACUUGUGCUAUGCUGAAUAUGGCUACAGAGCUUUCAAAGAAAUGUUGUGAAACAGUGGUGUCUGCUGGUGCAGUUAACAUUUUACUAAAGCAAAUCCACUCUCUCAAUCGUGGGGUCCCUGAUCAGGAAGUCUUGAAGCACAUACUUUGUACUCUGAGAAAUAUCAUUCGUUAUCCACAACUGCUACAUAUGUUGAUCAAUACUCCUCAAUCAGUGGAAAUAAUCUUCCAGGAGUUGCUAAGGAACAAAAGUGAAGGGUUUUUUAUUGCAGCUGAGCUUCUGAAGAAAAUGUGUUCAACACAAGAAGGCCUUGAUGCAGUUCACAAUUUGCAGGGUCAUCUAAGGAGAUUAAACUUUCUUGCUCAGGAUCUUGGAAGGAAGACUGAGCUUCAGAAGAGGAAUGCUCGUCUGGGUGCUGAAAGGGACAUUACCAUGCGAAGGUUCAGAGAAAUUGUCAACCUAUUGCUCUUAGUCGCAGAUGAUGAUCGGUGACAAAAUUUGAGGCUCUUUAAUUGCCUUUUUGUGGGGAUUCCGAUGUCCUGAUUAAUUUCAGGCUUCUAAAUGCUGUACAUGAACAGCCAUGUACAUGAUAAAUGGUACUAACCUCAAGUGCCAAAGUCCAAACCAUGUAGUACACUAAGCUAUUGGUAUCUGUAUAUGGUGUUGAUGCUUAAAAAUGAAGCAUUUCAUAUUAUCAUUGAUAAGCC